UUUUAGAUUAUUAUAUAGAUCGCAGAUCACCGUCUUUCAUCACUGACAGUGCCAGUUGCAUCCAUCCUGGUAUUUCUCGUUGGUUAGCAGUUGAAGGAAGUUUUCGAUGAACAUAACUGUUUUAACUAUGAUAUCGAGCAUUGGAUGUUUUUCCUCGUGGUGUAUCGAAAGACCUUGCUGAAUUAGUUCUUAACGUAUCAAUGGUAUUUCGAAGUCUGUUUCGACGACAGUUCCUGUUUAACAAGAGCAAAAGAUUCUUAUCGGUUGGAGUUAAUGAAGAAAUACUAAUAGAGAAUGUAAACGACAAGCUAAUUGUGACAUUAAAUCGGCCAAAGACUUUGAAUGCUUUAAAUAUCAGUAUGGUGCGCAAAUUAUAUCCGAUGCUGAAGAAGCGCAACAGUGAUCCAAAUGUACCGUUUAUAUUUGUCAAAGGAGCAGGUGGCAAGGCGUUUUGUGCUGGUGGCGAUGUUAUUGCUGUGUCACGUUCUGCUCGAGCAAAUAAUCCAUCAGAUACAAUAUACAAAGAUUUCUUUCGCGAGGAAUACGUGAUGAAUCAUUUGAUCGGUGUUUUAAAAGUUCCAUAUAUCGCCGUAAUGGAUGGUAUCACAAUGGGAGGGGGUUGUGGUCUUUCUCUGCACGGGAAGUAUAGGAUAGCAACAGAACGAACAAUACUAGCAAUGCCUGAAACUUCUAUUGGUCUUUUUCCUGACGUCGGAGGAACAUUUUUCUUGUCACGAUUACCGUAUAAUUUGGGUCAGUUUAUAGCACUUACAGGGUAUCGAGUGAUAGGUGCCGAUGUUUAUCAUAUGGGUCUCGCUACUCAUUUUAUUCCAUCGGAAAAACUGAAGGAUCUUGAAGAUGAACUGCUCAGGACAGAUAAUAAAUUGCUUUCUGCAGGAAAGAUAGACCACGUUUUGAAUAAAUACCACAUGAAAGAAAGUGAAAUACCCAAGUUUGGUCUUGAAAAACGACUUGCGCAAAUUGAUCAUGUGUUUAGCGGCAGUACAAUAGAAUCUGUUUUCAAAAAAUUGCGGAAUAAUGAAGAUGAUUUUGGCAAGAAACAAUUUAGUAUUCUUAGCGCAAAAAGUCCAACAUCACUCAAAGUAACUUUCCGACAAUUGCAAAUUGGUUUGAAGAUGCAGUUUCGUGAAGUUUUCACAAUGGAAUAUCGUCUUUCCCAACGUUUCAUGAAAAACCAUGAUUUUCAUGAGGGUUGCAGAGCAAUUCUUAUCGAUAAAGAUCAGAAACCGGAGUGGAAACCAACUAACAUAGAAGAGGUUACAGAUGAAAUGAUGGAUGAAUAUUUUGCACCUCUUGAGGAGAAUGAAGACUUGAUUAUUAAGGAAUCGGAAACUUAA